CUCCACAAUUGCAAACUUGAUACCCCUGAAAGCAACGCAUAAUGUGUAGCAGCUGAGCGCAGAGCCGUUUCAGAAUCCGGCUCCGGCGUGCACACGACACCGAUGCCCACAGCCUGAUCGCAGGGCUUUUCUUUUUUUUCCCCCCAAACCCGGACAGCACAGAACUGUAGCAGCUGACAGACGGAUGCGGAAGGAGUGGUUCCAAACCCAGCGGAUUUCUGCCGGUUCGGGGACUAGAAUGCUCCUCUGUGUGCAUCCCCACCGACGGAUGACAGCCUCCAACCAGACCUGCCCCGAAAACUUUCAGCUCUGCGUUUGAGGAGAGGGGAGGGAUGUGAUUGAGAUCUGCUUUUUGGUUAUUAUUUGAAACGCAACAGUCACGAUGCAGGUGCAGAUUGUGGGCUAACGGCACAGAGAUGACGCGCUGCAUGGUGCCAUACCAACUCCGCAUAGAUAGUCAGAUGCCAUUUCCCGUGCGUUUGCCUCAGCGUCUGGAACCGGAACUCUGGCGUUCUGGGCCUGUUGUAUAAUUAGAAGUUGGCGAGGCAGUUGCUAGAAUGGCGCAAUGAGAAGCGACGCCGUCUGAGACACUGCGCGCAAUCUGUGAAGCUUAUGGGUCCUGCGCACUCGAGCUCUCAGCUCCCGGCUUCCACUUGGAGAGGCGCGCUGCGGCGGGGCUACGGCGCACCGGCUGUUGGCUUCACAUCUGGACCGCGCGGGUGCUGUCAUCUGCGGCCUGUUUGGACCGUGUUUUCCCUGAACUCGUGUGCUUUCAAGGCCGCGGACUAGGGGUCGUUUUGGAUAAGGGGGUACAGAUUUAGGCUCGGCCUUGCUGUUGUGGCGGCGGCUCAGAGCCUGACCGGCUCCUCCUGCUAUGGGCUUUUGUGUAGUGAAAUCACGUCUGUUUUUAAAGACAACGCUCCAGUGACACUGCAGUUUCCCAUCACAGCAGCCAUCGUCUGAAUAAACAAAUAAACACAUAAAUAAACCGGUGAAAGUGGAGUUUUGUCCGUCGAACGUAAUCAACGCAGUGGGAUUUCUACGUCUGCUCGGCGUUCCCCCCCACCCCACCCCACCCCACCCUUCCCGCGGUGACGGUUAUGGGUCGGAAGCGGUGUGUCGGUGCAGAUUGUUCCAAGAUGGCGGCCGGGUGCUGCGGGGUGAAGAAGCAGAAACUGUCGGGAUCUCCCGGGUCGGGGGGUCCCGCCGGGGUGGGGGCGGGAAGCGGGGUGGCAGGAAGCGGACAUUGCGGUUCGGAGUUGGGGAUUGGCUCCUCCGCGACUGUUGCAUCUACGGCGAACUUGAGCCGAGUCAACGGCCUGGGGGGAACCGUUAGCGGCGGCGGCGGCAGUAGUGGCUGUGGCAGCAGCGGCGGUGGCACGAACGCGCUGUCUCCAGCCCCGGCCGGUUACAAUACAUCCGGCCUCUCCCCGAAUCUCAGCCCGGGACCAGGUUCAGGAAGUGGCGGCAGAAAAAUGGUGGUCUCGGCGGAGAUGUGCUGCUUCUGUUUUGACGUGCUUUAUUGCCAUCUGUACGGAUACCAACCUCCGAGAACACCCAGGUUUACAAAUGAUCCCUAUCCACUGUUUGUCACUUGGAAAAUAGGCAGAGACAAACGGUUGAGGGGUUGUAUAGGUACAUUUUCUGCCAUGAAUCUGCACUCAGGACUCAGGGAGUACACCCUUACCAGUGCCCUUAAAGACAGCCGCUUCCCCCCUAUGACAAGGGAUGAGCUGCCUCGACUCUUCUGCUCAGUGUCUCUUCUCACCAACUUUGAAGAUGUCGGUGAUUACCUUGACUGGGAGGUGGGUGUUCAUGGUAUACGGAUAGAGUUCUUUAAUGAAAAAGGAUCAAAACGCACCGCCACCUACCUACCAGAGGUCGCUAAGGAGCAAGGUUGGGACCACAUUCAAACCAUAGAUUCCUUAUUACGAAAGGGAGGUUACAAAGCUCCCAUUACAAAUGACUUCAGGAAGACUAUUAAGUUAACCAGGUACCGUAGCGAAAAGAUGACAAUGGGUUAUGCAGAGUACAUCGCCCACCGCCAGCACCAUCACUACCAGAACGGCAUUGGGCACCCUCUACCCCCCUACAACCAUUAUUCCUGACAGCGAGCCGCAUGACCAAUCAUUGGACCUCUCCGAGGACCUUUUCCCAGGAGAGCCCGCCCCCUCCUGGUCUAGCUAUUUCUACUACUGUUCCAUUUUAUGAUGAUAGUUUCCGUUGCCAUGCUGGCCGUCUCCCAGACGUUGACAUGGCAACGGGUGGCAACAGAGCAUCAUUUGAUUAUGGCAAGAAAUCCAUGCAUUUCUUCUCCUUUGCCUGUGGUUAAGUUUUUGCAGCAUAUGUAUGACAAUAACCCCCUCCCAUUCAUAUAUCCAAAACAUUAAACCAACAUGGAAUAAUAUUAAUGUUGUGUAUUUUCAGCAAACCCAAUUAGGUGUUUGAUUCUGUGGAUGGAAAGAAGUCUUUCUAUUGGAUUAGUCUGGUACUCUGGCUACACUUUAACAGAAGAAGAAGAAGCUUUUCCUUCAGUUUCUAUCUCUUAACCAUCCAAACUUGUAAUGUAGCAAGAAAACUGCAGUUUCUCAAAGGCUGUGUGGCUCGGAUGACUCUCAAAAAAAGAAAGAAAAAAAAAAAAAGAAGAAUUUUGGACUUGUUGUAGUGUUUUAACUCUAGUAGUCUCCAUGUAGGAACAAUGUUAUGGAAUAUGUAUACUUCAAAGUGUAGAUAGGAUUGAAACCAGUCUUGGCUGGUGGGGUGUUUUGAUUAUCACUAUGGUUUCUGUGUGUGGAUAUAGAUAUUAAUACAGGAUGAAGACCGGUAAAAAAAAAAAAAAGGAAAAUUGAGAAUUUUGGUGUGUAUUUUUGCAGGGGAAACUUUGGCAAGCUUAAAGUAACCAAUCAAAGAUCCCAGAGUUUGUUCAUUUUCUGAUUGUCCGGGUUGACUGGGGGAGCUCAGAUGAAAUUACAGGAUCACUAAAUCGUUUUUUCUCCCCCCAGUUCAAAACCUGCGGACUCUUGGAGUUUUUUCGCAGGGAAUCUCUUGACAGGGAGAAACUGAAACCACUUAAGCCAUAUUCUCUUGAUUCCAACACUUGUGGUUUUAGGUGUUUGCGGUUGGUAACCUGAGGUGGAUUUCAGCGGCCGGUCUAGUCUGGGUCACCUGGCCCGUGUCAUGUCCCUCUUGGGCGUGUCGUCUUGCCUUUUCAGAUUAAAGCUAACCAUUGUCACUCGUCCACAAUGUGAUGAUGGAUUUCUAGAAAACUAAGAAGGAAAAGAAAAAAGCCGGUCUCUUGGAAUGACGAUUCCUUCCAGACGCACAAAGGUGGUGAUGGUGUCGGCGUGCUCGUGUCAUUUUUGAAGUGCAUAGAAGCAGUGAUGGAUUUAGUUGUUGAAGCACCACCUCCUCCUUGACCCUGACCCCCUCCCUCCCCCAAGCCCGUGUGCUUACAGCAGAGAAUGUUAUGAUUGUUAGUCCGUUUUGUCAGCUGUUGCGCAGCAGGAAACGCAGCGAGAAAACUGCGGCUUGGAGUGUUUUGCCUGAACUUGUGUGUGUAGGGGGAAAAAAAGCCAUCGACACCUGAGCGGCUGUACGUUAGGCUUGUUCAACUUUAACGAAUGUUUGAACCGUAGCGAUUGGAGCUUCUGUCUGUGCUGUAACUGGAGGUUCAUUUUUUUUUUGAGAGGUUCUCGUUACUUGACCAACACCGUUCGUGGUAACAGCCUUUACUAACUGACAGGUUCUUUUUUCUUUAUGCAAAAACGUCAAGGGCUUUCGGCACUCCAUCCACAGUCACCCGAAAUGAUCCAGACUUCAGUUGUGUUGCCUUAAGUAAAUUAUUUAUUUAGCGGUGGGCCAGCAGAUGGCGCUGUGACUGUUCCUCGCCAAUUGUUGUGAGGACCGCAACGCUUCCUUGAAGCUAAACACGCAAACUUAGACUUGGCUGGUUCUGGUCCCACAAUCCGUGGGGACCUAAUGAAAGAAAACGACAAUAAAUGGACACUACACAACGAGGGACAGUCGGGCGUGGAUUUCCUGGCCCAUUAAAUACAGCACAACCUGAGUAUCUCUGCUGCAAAACCAAAUUGACCAUGCUCUUUUACAUAUGUCUUUGUAUACACAUGCAAUGUAUUGUGUUGCAUGUAUGUAUGAGUAUGAGACCUAUGGUUUUAUCCAUGAUAUAUGCUUGAUCUGUGGCUUAGACACUCUUAUUAACCAUUAAGAGAUUUUAAAAAAAAAAGACAACUAUGGUGCUAUCGGACCUCAUAUUGGGGUGGUCACAGCUCAUGACUGGUCAUGCGGACUCAUUAAUCAUAUCAUACUUAAAGAUGUAGGAUUUUCUCUCAAAGGCGUCGCUGUGAAAGGAGUCAUGACGGCACAUUUUCAUACCGACGGAUCAGCCUCUUUGAUGCGGAAAAGCUCUGCUUCGGAGUGGGACGUGGUGGACUUUUUGGGAUCAAUUCCCUGUGGGAAAACCAGACAUUCUUAAUUCGAAUUGAGGAAGGACGGCACAGGGGGCUACAGAAUGUACUGUUGAUGGUUGGUGUCGUUUCACAGUGAUGCAUGGAGAGAAAGUCCUACAUGUGUUCACUUUUACUCUCCUUGAUAUAUGCAGAUCUGUUCAACAGGUGUUUUUUUUGUUUUGUUUUUGUUUUUCUUCUCUAUCAGUCAACAGCCCUGCAGGUUUGAAAGGACACGAAGUCAUAUGUUAUCCCCUCUUCCUCGGUUUCACUGUGGCCCAAAGUCAUGGCCGGGUUUGUCGACGUGAGAAUCUGGGACGGUAGUAGCGAUCCUCGUCUGGAGAUGGGACGCUGUGUGCUCAUAUUGGUUUACAGAACAGGUUUUCCUUUUCGCUGCUGAAUCAUUUAACCUCUGAACGAGCAAGACAGCCUCUUGUUUUUUUUUUAAUUUUUGUUAUACCAUGACGAAGGAGAUCUAGCGUUUUAAGGGUAGAGCGCGCAGGAUGCCGUUCUGGUUCUGCACAUGUUUGUAAAGCAUCGAUACCUCAUGGGAUAACAGGAGCGACGGGUUUAGACUGUUGUAGCAGAUGCUGUGUUUGGGUUGUUGCCAGGUGUGAGUCGGGCAUUUCCUGCGCGCUCGCUCUUGUUUAUCGGUGGAGCGCUCGACUUCUACCUUUGACUGAACCAAAUAUGCCAGCGGCCACGCCCAGAUGCUGCUCUUCUUCUGGUCCGGCUUCCUGUCCUUCCAAAAACCAACCCUGCUAUUGACUAAAUCUGUGUUCUUUUUUUUCUUUUUUUUGGUUUUUGUGCGAGUUAUUACCUGUCUUGUUACGCAACCCUGUAAUUCAAUGACGUCAUUCAUUGAUGCCGUCUUAAGGUCAAACUUGGCAUCAAGGCGGCGAAUUACGGUUGCAACUUGUUACUUGUUUUGUUAUUAUUAGGAUUAUUAUUGCUCUAAUUUUCAUAAUUAAAAAGAAAAUCCCAUGUUGUGCCUCCUAGCUUUGUGGGUUUAUAAAUGUUUUUUUUUCCCCAAAGACCAGCAGUUAUACUUUGUAUACAAGAUGAAUUUUGUUUCCCUUAUUUUUUAUGCCAUUAAAAGUAAAAAAGAAUAAGCCUGUUUUCUUUACUCUGGACCCAGUAGCUGCACUGGUAUACAAUCGCACUGAUGGAUGAAUAAAAAAAAUAAAAAAAUAAUCAAUAGUAAUAAUGAUAAUGAUGAAUAAGAACUUCAAUAAAAUGGUGUUUAAAGCUUUUGUUAUAAAAAAAGAAAAACAACAAAAAAGACUGUUUUUGUACAUCAAAAUAAAUUCUUUUCAAAGGAAUAUUUUGGAUCUAGUUUCAAAAUUAUUUUAGGGGUUUUCUAUGUUAAGAAUAUUUGAGACACUUGACUUCUAAGAAGUGUCACUGUACAAAAAGACAUUUUUUUUUGUUGCAGUGCUCCAAUGGGCUGGGAGGGUUACCUGGUGUAACUCCUCAUACCAACUUUUACUUGGAUCUUUUUUUUUUUUGUGCUGAAAUUCAGUUUUCUCAGAAAAAAAUGAUGGAAGUAAUGUUAACCAGGAAUUUUCCAUCCACACCCUGUAGAGCUAGGCCCUCAACCCUUUCCUGUUGAAUUUCUGUAAGUGUAUUGGAACUUAAAAUGGGCAUUUUUUUCUAAUAUGGCUCUGGAUGGAGGGAAAAACAACGAAAAAAAAACGAGGAAUUUACAAAAAAAAAUAAAAUGGGCAAAAUGCAAAAAAAAUUGAAAUGAAAAUGUGGGAAUGGAUGGAAAACAAAUCUAUAUAGAUGGAUUAUUUAAGUAUGUAAGCAAUGGCUGUGAAGAAAAUGUAGUUUUAAACCUUGUUAUUACCUUUUAAAAUCAUUUAUUCAAUAAAAACAAAUGCCGAUGAA